AUGGCAGCCUCCGAAAGCGCCUCCGUGCCCGGCGCGCUGCUGCUGGCCAACGCCUUGUUCGGCGCCGGGUCCGUCGUCGGCUCCAUCGGGCUGCCGUCGAUGAACCCGCUCGUCUUCGCGUCGCUGCGCGAGGCGUCGGCGACGCUCAUCCUGGGCUGCGUCGCCCUCGUCGUCGAGCGGCGCGCCGCGGCGCGCAAGCCGCGCGACGCCCCGCCGCCCGUGGCGCCGCGGCGAUACCUCUACGCGUCGCUCGGUGUCUGCGUCUUCCUGGACCAGGGCUGCUCCAUCGCCGGGAUCAAGCUGUCGGACGCGGUCACCCAAAGCAUCUGGCAGACGACGCAGCCCGUCAUCACGGCCGCGCUGAGCCGCGUCGUCUUCGGCGAGCCGUUGACGUGGCGGCGGUCCUGCGGCGUCGCCUGCGCCUUCGCCGGCUGCCUCGCCAUGGUCGGGCUCGGCGCGCUUUCCUCGGCGGCGCCGGCGUCGCGCGCGCGCUACGUCGCCGCGAACGGGCUCUUCCUCGUCAACUGCACGGCGUCGUCGGCGUACGUGAUCCUCUCCAAGGGCGCGGCGCCGGACACGCCGACCGUGAGCGUCACGUUCCGGACCUACCUGCGCGCCGCGGCGCUCAUGGCGUUGACGACGACGGUCGUCAACGCGAGCGGGCCGCUCCUCGCGGUGGUCUGCGACGACUGCGGCCGCCGCGGCGCCUGGCGCGUGCCCGCGCGCGCCCUCUGGGCCCUGGCCUACUGGGUCCUGGGCCAGUCCGUCGUCGCCUACUGCCUCGUGACCUGGGCGACGCGCCGCGCGUCGUCGACGCUCGUCUCGGCCUUCGCGGUCGUCCAGCCCGUCGUCGCCGCGGCGCUGACGGCGGCCAUCCUCGCCGCCGGCGCCUACGCGAACUGCGCGACGUCCGCCGACGACGACGCCUGCCUCGCGCCGACGGGCUGGCCCGCGCUCGGCGCGGUGCUCAUCUUCGCGGGGCUCUUCCUCGUCGUCCGCACGGAGGCGCCGCCGGCGCCCCUCGCGCACCCGCUCCUCCUCGCGACGGACGACGGCGUCCAGUAA